UCUUUUUGGUGUUUUUCUUUUGUUGGGUUUUCGUGGGUACUGUUGUUUGCUUCUGUCUCCAUCUCUCUCUCUCUCACUGUUGUUUUCCAUCUCUCUCUCUCUCUCUCAUUUGCUUUUCUCUGUGAAUUCUCACUGCUUUUUUGUCAUUUUGGACAUUUCUUGCUUCACAUUGCUACAGGGCUUCUAAUAUAUCAGCAGCUGCAUAAGCACUUCAUUUUACAUAUAAUCAAGAAGACUUAAGCUCAAAGUGUGUAAAUCAUAAAUAUAUGAUUGCUUCAGUGCCCACCAUAUGUUUGUGUUGGGGCUUUCUUUGCAUUCACUUCUCUGAGAUCCACUGUUGCAGGGUCGCUGAUUCAUAAGUGAAACUGGGAAUGGACCUGGAUUUUGAUAAAUACUGUGUACUAGAUGGAAGUCCUGAUACUGUUCUUCCAUCACCUCGGCAUUCUUCCAAAUCUGACAGUAAAAAGGUUAGAGGAAUUCCCAAAUGUGGAAAUGACCUAUUGAGCAGAAAGAAGGGCUUUGCGGAUAUUAGUUUUCAACGGUAUCGUAGUGCAUCCUGUAAAACCAUCCAACAUAGAACGGAAUGUCAUUAUGAAGUGCAAAGGAGGGGUUCAGUGUAUCAAAGCUCUCAAGAAACUAGGAAUAUGAAGGAAAUGCGAGAUGAUGGUAGUAGGAGGAAAAUAGAAUUUCCACGAAGUAGUGCCACUGCCUUGUCAUUUGGUAUUAUUGAUUCCCUGUGUAAUUCUGAUGAGGAUGACAUGGAAGUAGAACAGAAUAGACCCACAUUGAAGUCAAGAAACCGAGAUUCUUUUACAUCGUUAAAAAAGGCUCAAAACCUUCAUCUGGCUCACCCGUUACGGCCUAUUCUAGAAAAGGGGGUCUCAGCAGAAGCAAACCAAUUAGCUGAAGAAGUAGAGAGACAGAUGGUUACGGGUUCCAAGGGCAGACAUGAUCCAGUUAUCCGUCCUCUAAGAAAUGGUAAUAGACCUCGAGAAAUAGAUUCUUCUUUCACUUUGCACAAAUCACUUUCUGCUAAACUAGCCCUGCCUCAUUCACCUUCUCACUCAGAAAGUGAUUGCUCUAAUUCGAGCAGUCCCAGAUCCCGUUUCAGCCCAAUUAGGAAGGUGUUUGAUCCAUUUACAAAGUCCAAGUUACAGAGAAGUUCUUUAGACUCUGCCUCCAAGUGUGUUGAGGUGUCUUCGGUAAAGAAAGGUUGCAAUACCAGGGCGUUGUGCAAACCUCCGCUGCAUGAUUCUUCCAAUAUGUUUUCAGAUGCACCAUCUGAUUCGCAGUCCAUCGAGAAAGAGUGUGAUAAGACCCUUAGAUCUUGUUCACCUGCUCAUUUAUGUGCUACUAUGAAGUUACUUAAUAAGCAUGGGGUGCUAUCAUAUGAGUUUUCCGUACAGAGUCUGGAACAAAUUAUCGUGGCAAAGGCAUGGCAAAUAGGAAAUGCUCGAGAUUGGGUGUAUACCUUUCAUAAUUGUCAAAAUAAAAGGAAAAGCCAUGCUAGUGGGCGGGAAUUUAGAGAGGGCAACAAAGUAUCCUCUGUGGUGGGACAGAUGCAAGUUUCAUGUUCUUUGUAUGCAGAACUUGAGGAUGCCAGAGAUUUUGACAACUCUCUCCGUACAGAGUUCGUAUUAUACGAUGUUGCACAAGUAAGAAAAAGUUUAUCUACCCAAAGUAGUUCUCUCUCUUUACUUGACACUGCUACAGCUCCCAUUGUUUCCAAUGAAGCUUCAGCUGGGGGAGCAUGCAAGUUGGAUGUAAGUACCGAAUCAAACAGUAUUAAACAUCGGCAGAAACAUUUUUCUGAAGAUAAUAUUCUAAGACCGACAGAAUUGCAUACAAAUCUUGAAAUUGCAGCCAUUGUUAUAGAAGUUCCAUUUGAGAAGAGGGAAAGCCUGAAAGGGAAGAAAGGGGAUCAGAAGAGUGAUGAACCACUUCACGACUUGCUUGUCCUUCCCGGGACUGAGCAGAGAACAGAUUGCUCGAUUCCUGCAAAGGUGAAUGUUGUGACUACUUCCGGAAAUCACAGUAUGCCGACCACUGAAAGUCCUGGCCCUUCAGGGCUGCUAGAUAGAUGGAAGUUAAGUGGAAGUUGUGACUGCGGUGGCUGGGAUAUGGGGUGUCCCCUUGUUGUGUUUGGCAGUUCAGAUAUUCAAUGUGCUAAAGAUGUUCCCAUUGUCACGGGCCAACAACCUUGGGAGCUCUAUGCACAGGGACGGAAAGAAGAAGCACUGUCAUUCAGAAUGACAGUAACUAAGGAGGGAGAGUAUGAAGUUGACUUUCAUGCGCAAUUAACCACUUUACAGGCCUUCUCUAUAUGCGUUGCUAUCUUGCAUUGUACAGAAAUUGCAAGUGUGCAUGAGAGAAACAAGAAGUUGCUGAAAUGUGAUCCACUCAGGUUUUUUGUAGAUGAGGGUGUUAAAUGUUUAAUUGAUAGUAUCACACUCGGGGAAAAGAGAAAAGCAGGUCCAAAGAUUGAAACACCCCAGUCUUUUAAACUCGAUCCACCUUUUUCCCCAAUAGGCCGAGUGUAGAAUUAAAAUAUAUGCUUGGCAUUGUUGAGAUACUGACCUGGAAGUUUCCAGCUAGAUCUAGAGCUGCAACAUACUAUGUUUUAGAGUUUCAAAGAUGCCUUAUAUCAAAUAUAGACCUCCCAGAGUGUGGAGGUUAAGUACGUGGUCAGAUUUGUUGAGAUGAAGAGCUGGGAGUUCCCAACGGGCUUUCGAGCAGCAGGACUCUAUGGUUUAGAGUUUCUAAGAUGCCAAAGAUGAAAGAUCAACUCUGUACCAGGUUUGUAAGCCUCCUUUCCUUUGCUUAUAUAAGAGUUGCUGCGAAGAUUUCAACAUAUUCUUGCGGCAUACACAAUUUGUCAAAGUGACACUGCAUAUAGUUAGUUAGUAGUGAAAGAGAUGUCUUCAUUCAAAUUUUUCGGAGGUAGUUAUUUAUGUAUCUAUGUAACUUAUUAUAUUAGAGUAGAAAUGCAAAACAAGAAUAUCGCAUACAUAUUGAUGUAUGUUUGAAUAAAGAGUUGAACCCAUGAAUCAUCCCUUUUACGCCAAACAUUAUAGAAAUCGGGACUUUACCUGUGCCUUUCAUGAUCGUAAA